AUGGAUGACUUUCGCGAGGUGCUUGAAAGAUGCUCUUUAGUAGACUUGGGUUUUAUUGGAUACCCAUUCACAUGGAACAACAAAAGACCGGGGCUUGCAAACACCAGGCAGCGCCUGGAACAUGCCGUUGCAACGGAGGAUUGGAAGGAAAAGUAUCCAGAGUGCAUAGUUACGCACCUUCAUUCCCACGCAUUGGACCACUUUCCGAUUGUUUUACAAACUAAGCCCACUAGAAAUCUCAAUACUAGGAGCACAAGGAGCUUUUGGUUUGAGGAAUCUUGGUUACUUUGGGAAGAUUGUGAUGUUGUGGUCCAAGAAGCAUGGAAUAAAGGGGAAGGAAUAAGGUCAGGUUUGUCAAGAAUAAAGGAUAGAAUUGCUUGCUGCGGGUUGGAGUUGCAUGCAUGGGGUUCCUCUAAAAUCCAUCCUGAUACUGAAAAAAUCAUGGCACUUCAGAGGAAGGCUGAAACUUUGGGUAUAGGGGUGUGCACACAAGAAAAUAAAGUUGAGUUCUUGGAAGUCAGUAAAGAGUUGGAUGAUCUAUUACAUAAGCAAGAGAUAUUUUGGGCGCAACAUUCAAGGGACUUCUGGCUUAAACAUGGGGACAGAAAUACCAAAUUUUUCCACUCAAAAGCCUUACAAAGACAGCGGAGGAAUUUCAUCAAAGGGAUAAGGAACAGUGACAAUGUUUGGGUAGAGGAGGUGGGAGAGGUGGCAGAUGUGGCACUUAGUUAUUUUGAAAAUAUGUUUAAAGCAGGUGAUAGUGACCGGGUGGAGGAAUGUCUAGUUGCAGUACAACACAAGGUGGAUCCAAAUAUGCAGGAAAUUUCGUCCAGGGAUUACAGUGUAGAGGAAAUCAAGACAGUGGUGUUCCAAAUGGGAUCAACAAAGGCACAUGGACCUGAUGGUCGCCUUAUCAUUGAUAAUGUACUAUUGGCAUAUGAAUCCCUACAUACCAUGCACUGCAGUAAAAAGGGUAAAACAUGUUCUCUUGAAUUGAAGCUGGAUAUUAGCAAAGCCUAUGACCGGGUGGAGUGGACAUUCCUCAAGGGUAUUAUGGAAAAGAUGGGAUUCCUGAAAAGGUGGAUUGACCGGGUGAUAAGCUGUGUUACUACACCCACAUUUUCAGUCCGUAUUAAUGGUAAAGCCUAUGGUAGUAUUAAGCUAUCUAGAGGGCUUCGACAAGGAGACCCGUUGUCCCCUUAUCUUUUUUUGUUAUGUGCAGAAGGCUUUUCUUCACUUCUGUCAAAGGUAGAGGCUGAUAAUAGGUUGCAUGGGGUAGCUGUUUGCAAGAGGGCACCUAGCAUUUCUCAUCUCUUGUUCACGGAUGACUCUUUACUUUUUUGCCAGGCCACGCAAGAUGAGGUGCAAGAAGUCGUGGACAUUAUGCAGCUUUAUGCCAAGGCUUUGGGUCAGCUUAUAAACCUUGUAAAAUCCUCUAUAUUUUUUAGUAGUAACAUUGAUGGUGCAAGAAGGGAUUGGAUAAAAGAUAAGCUGAAAGUUAAGGAAGUGGACAGGGUUUGGAAAAAAUUACAGGAAUGGAAAGGCAACAUGCUACCCAAAGCUGGAAAUGAGGUGCUGAUAAAAGCAGUAGCACAAACUAUUCCAACCUAUACAAUGGGUGUGCUUCAAUUGCCUGUGAAGAUUUGA